GUCGGCGAAAUCGAAAUUAAACGAAUCGGAAACGUUGUCGCUGCAAUAUCGAACUACCUGACUAUAGCAAUCGAGUGUGUUGAGAACGGAAUGCUUGUGAGAAGCAACAGCCAUUGAAGUACAUAGCUAAAUUACAUGUGUGUAGGAGAGGUGUACAUAUGGAGGGAACUAACUUUGAUUUUUGAUGAACAAGUGUUGCGGAAUAUUUGUGCUCGGCUGCAUCUUUAGUGAUUGUUCUACGUUUUCGCAUUCGACCGGCUAGAAAAACCCAGAGACUGUACAACGACCAGCUCAUUUACAGAAUCCAGCAACGAUUCAAGUCGCAUCUCAGAUCCCAAACUGAACUUAACGGAAUUCAAACAUAAAUAAGGUCAACAUUGGUGUGUGAGUGUAUCUGUGCGUGUGUAUUUACCUGUCGUAUACGUAAUAUAAAUUUGAGCUGUGAAGUGCGCAUUGUUAUACCUUUUUUUUGUUUAUUGCCAAUAUGUCAUUGCUGAAAUUCGCCAGAGUCUAAUUGAUAAACAUAUAAUGUAACUAGGCGAGUCUCAAACUGGCCUCUAAAUAAAUAGAUUCGUUGAACUGUACCUUUGAAAAAUAUAAUAAAUAAUCAUUUUUUGUGAUUUGAAAUUCAGUUGCCAACAAGUUGACCAGCCAAGAACUUUUCCUAUAAGUGCUAGAGACAUUUGAGGCAUUCUUAAGAAAAACUACGCAUAGCCGAGCAUAGCUGACAAAUCUCCAAUCGCUGCAAUCCAGAUCAAGAAUUUUGCUUUAAAGAACACUUGUCAUAAUGGUCCAAAAAGUCUCGCAAACAUUGACAUUAAAACGCUUUCGUGAAAUUCAAUGGCAUCGAAUUUUUUAUAUGGUCUACAUAGAACCGGUUGUGUUUAUGCUGCUCUUUUCGAUAACCUUAUCAGGUACCAUCAUGAGAAAUCAGAUCAUCUACCAGACCUGCACAGUGAUUUUUCGCUACAAUGUAAGCGAUUGCAAAUUGCUGGAUGAUAAAAAUGCCAGCUCCGAGAUCAAGGCAAUCGAAACAGAACUGCAGCCAUAUGUGGCUAACCUAUUUCUCUCGCGCACGCUGCUCGAGAGCAUUGUGCCUGCCUUUUGUGGCCUCUUCAUUGGCUCCUGGUCGGAUCACUACGGACGCAAGCCACUGCUCAUCGUGUCCAUGAUUGGAUUCGCUCUAUCAUUUCUGGUUACAUCGGCCAUUUGUGAGCUGUCCACCUACUAUGAAAUCAAUCCUUGGUGGUAUAUUGCGGCCGCCGUACCGCACUCCAUGCUUGGCGGCAAUUGUGUCUUCUCCGUGGCAGCUCUGUGCUUCAUCUCGGACAUAACCGACACCAAAACGCGGCCAUAUCGCAUGAUCUUCAUGGAGUCGCUGUUCUUCAUCGGAUUGACCAGUGGCUCGCUCUUGUCCAGCUUUGUUUAUGCCGCCACCAACGCGGCCACCACCAUUGGCAUCUCCGGCUGCAUCACUACAUUGGGCUGCUUGUUUGUCAUAUUUUUCGUACCGGAAAGCCUGCAUUAUAGGCAAGAAAAUGAGGCCAGGAUGGCAAACGAGGCCACCGUUUCCACCGCCAAUAAAGAAAAGGAAAUGCCCAUUACGGCAUCUGAUUUGCAACCGGAGUGCGUGGCCAUUGAUUGUCCGCCCAUAUUCAUGAAUCCCGAUUGCGAUGCAGAGCAGGAUAAGCAGAAGCAGCAAUGUCAUCAGCUGCCCACGCCUGCCACGCCCAAUAUGACAUUCGAUGAGGAUCUGCUGGCCAAAUAUGUGGAGCAGCUGCCGCCCAAGGUGAAGGCCCGGGCACAGGCCCAGAGCAAGCCGCAGCCCGACGCCGAUGGCAAAAAGACCGGACUAUUCAGUUUUUCACACAUCCGCGAUAUGGUUAGCACCUGCACGAAGCCACGCGAAAAUCAUGCACGGGCAAUUAUUUGGCUGGUCACAAUGGCCAUGUGCCUGUCCAUCUUUGUCUUUGAUGGCGUCAUGACGGUCAUGUAUCUGUUCGUGCGCGAGAAGUUCCAUUGGUCUGUCAGGGAUUACACCUUCUACGAGACGGUCAGCCAUCUGGUGCCCAUGGUGGGCGCACUCAUUGGAUUCCUGAUACUGCGCAAGAUCUUCCGUCUAUCUGUGGUGACACUGGCGCUGCUUUCAUUCGCCUCGGAAAUAUUGAAGAAUCUGGCGAGGGGCUGCUCGACGCAGGCGUGGCACAUGUACCUAUCGGUUGUACUGGGCGUGUUUCGCUCUAUUGGCGGACCCAUGUGUCGCACCAUUGUCUCUAAUAUAGUACCUUCCUCCGACUUGGGCAAAAUUUUCUCAAUCAAAAAUGUUUUGCAAUCGUUUGCACCUUUCGUCGCUGCGCCGCUUUACACCUUCGUCUACAAACGCUCGCUUCACUAUUAUCCGGGCCUCUUCAACUUCAUGAGUGUGGGCUUCUAUAUGAUGUCAUUCAUAUUCAUCUGCUGUGUGCUGCGCUUCAAGCUUAUGCAUAGGGAGUACUACGCCAAGGUGCUGAAAUAGGAGAGCUCACGAUCUUCCGAUGUGAUUCGCCUACAUAUCCUACUUUACUUUAGUUUAGUUUUAUUUUCUAUUUAUAAAUAAUUGUGAUCUGAUCUAGGCUUAAGCGAAAGCCCUUUAACUCCAAUAAGCAAUAAAUCUAACGAACAGCCAGUUGAGCAUUAAAGCUAUAGAAAAUA